AAUGGAAAGUGUACCAUAUGGGCCUUUAUAUUUAUAAGUCAGCCCCCCAAAAUCGAAAGAAUAGGCGGGGGAUAUUUGUUAGGGAUUGUUCCGGGGCGGGGGAGUGUAGCGAGAUCACCGGCGGAGCAAUGGUUGGGGGGGCGCAAGGGGAGAGAGAGGAAAGAGUAUCGUUGGAACUGAGUGAAGAAUUAGUAAGGAGCAUGGAACCUGGCGCUGUUUUCAGAGACUAUAAUUGCAGGAUCAGCUCGAUUGACUUUAACAAAAAUUCGAGUUAUAUGGUGACGGCUAGCGACGAUGACUCCAUUCGUCUCUACGAUGUUGCUACCGCUACAUGCAUGAAGACGGUGAACAGCAAAAAGUAUGGGGUUGAUCUGGUUUGCUUCACAUCGCAUCCUACCACUGUCAUCUACUCUUCCCGUAACGGCUGGGACGACUCUCUGCGUCUUCUCUCUUUGCACGAUAACAAGUAUUUGCGCUACUUCAAAGGACAUCAUGACAGAGUUGUUUCGCUUAGCUUGUGUUCUGCUGGUGAAUCCUUCAUCUCCGGUUCUCUUGAUCGAACUGUUUUGCUUUGGGAUCAAAGAGUCGAGAAAUGCCAGGGUCUCUUACGAGUCCAAGGAAGGCCUGCUGCAGCUUAUGAUGAUCAAGGUUUAGUUUUUACUAUUGCCUUUGGUGGCUACAUCAGAAUGUUUGAUUCCCGUAUGUACCAUAAGGGGCCUUUUGAAAUAUUCUCCGUUGGUGGUGAUCUUUCUGAGGCAAACGUUGUCAAAUUUAGUAAUGAUGGAAGGUUCAUGCUGCUUACAACCAUGGACGGUCAUAUUCACGUGCUUGACUCUUUUCGUGGAACACUCCUAUCCACUUAUAGUGUGAAACCAGUGGCUGAAGAAUCUACAUUGGAUGCAACCUUCAGUCCUGACGGGAUGUAUGUUGUUUCAGGUUCAGGAGAUGGUAGUGCCCAUGCAUGGAGUGUGAGGAGCGGAAAACAGGUUCAGAGUUGGAUGGGUGGUCAUGGGAGUGAAGCCCCUCCGGUAAUAAAAUGGGCUCCAGGAAGUCCCAUGUUUGUGACAGGCUCAUCCGAGCUUGCUUUUGUUAUCCCUGACUUAUCUAAAUUGUCUGCUUAUGCCAAUCGGAAAUAAGAGAUGACACUUGGGACGAACUUCCUCAAGCUCUAGGCUCCCUCUGAGUUUUUAUUGGUUAGCAAUUUCUGUAACUUAUUGCUUGGCUCUUUUUAUUUGUAUUAUCUUGUUAUAUAUAAUCCCCAAGUACUUUUCUAAA